AUGGUUGUGCGGUUUCUGAGUUUAGAAGAAAACAGGAUUGCAACCACCCUUCUUGAUCUCGUAGAGCUGUCUGAUGGAACGGCAGAAACGCUUCACGACGCGGCAUUGAAGACGUUGGACAAGCACGGCCUAUCGAUCAAGAACUGUCUCGGACUCUGCACCGAUGGUGCAAAUGCCAUGUGCGGCAAACACAAUUCUCUGUUCAGUCGUCUUAGUGAGGACAACAAAGACUUGAUUCUGAUCAAAUGCUCUUGCCACAGCCUGGACCUUGUGGCAUCCAAGUCGAUGGAGGCGAUUCCUUCUGCGGUUGAGCACUUAGUGCGAGAAACCUACAACUACUUUGCACACAGCAGCUGCUGGCAAGAUGCUUAUAAGAGACUGUAUGCCAGUAUGACAGUGGAAGAUGAAAGUGCAAAUCCACCGCCCAAGAUUCUGUCGCUUUCGCAGACGAGAUGGCUUGCUAUUGCAGACUCUAUAGAAAGAAUUUUGGCGCAGUACCAGUCUCUCGAAGAGUUUUUUGAGAAAGCAGAAGAUCGCAGCUACAACGUGCGCAUUUUACGAGAGAUGCUGGACUGUGCAAAGUCCGCCAAGGAGCGCCGGCUCCUGGCGGAUCGGUUUGCCCUCGACGUCGCGUUGGAAGCCAUGCAGGCAAGUUCGUUGCAGGACCCCACUGAGUCGCCGCUGCAACUCAAGUCGCUCAAGAGACUGACCGAGGUGCAGACAUUCUAUGUCAGCUACUGCAGUCACUUCUGCGGAGAGCCCCGCGGCCAAGUGAUGUGCAACCUGGCCACGAACGGCUCUGAAUUUAGCAGCACAUUCAGAUGA